AUAGCUUUCAAGCAUCGGUGAAUAUUAGAAAUAUUAUAACUACGCGACGAAUAUUUGACAAAUAACUAAGCUCCUAACUAAAUCUACCAUCGGUCAAAUCACUCACAGCUAAGAAUUAGUCGUGUUUAUACUAGUUAACUUUUAUUUAAUCAUCCUCUUGUUUCGGAUAUUUGUAGAAUUUCUGGAUUUUAUUGAAAUUGGGAAACUAUGGAACCAACCGCACCCCCGAUGAGUUUCUCGGAAAACGACCAACCCCCCUGUCAACUUCCACCACCCGCCUACGAUUAUGGGGCUAAUACUGCCAUGACAACGCCACUAGUUCCCCAACCAGGAAUGUCAAAUGUCCCAUUUCGUCCUCCGUCUUACCGAGCUUACGAUCCAAACACGGGUGGCACAAACUGGGCAAAUGCCGGGCGCCCGAAUGAGCUGGCCAGACCUCCGUCGCCUCAGCCUGUAGCUGCUCCGCGGAAUGUCAACAUCUUCCUGGUGAAUCCCGGGAAUGAGAACAAUGCAAGACAGAGGAGGGAGUCAAUUGUGUCUGAAAACACAGUUUCUGCCGGGGAUCGAACCCACGAGGCCCUGCAGUUUGACGCUUGGACUAAGUGUUCUUGGGGAGUUCUCGCGAAAGCUAAUCGGCUAAGUGAGACAUUUAAUCAACUGAGAAGAGUCAACAAGAAUAUAGGGAGUGGAUGUCAUCGGGCGUUUCCAGUAGGGGGGAGAGGUUGUUGCGGUGGCAUGGUGUCUGUGACAUUCGAACUGGCAACAAUUGUUUAUGCUGUCCUCGUGCCGCUGUACGUGGUUAGCCUGCGUCGGCAAUCGAAACAACAGAACUACGUGCAGAUGAUGCCCAAUCUACUGAUGUGGAUUCUGCUUCUUAUCUACUUGAUCUUGUUCACGAUGUAUCUCAUCGCAUUUGGGGUUCACAGAGUGAACAGAUAUCGGUUCAGGAAUUGUCCUUGGAUCAUCAAAGCUGCCACUCGCAACUACCUUCUGAUGGGCAAGAUGGCCGCCUUCAGAGAAACAGACCCAGACGAGAUGCAACGCAACUGCAGAUUGAGGGCACUGUCCAAAGUCAGAGCCCAGUUCGGCCGAAACAACCCCGCCUGGGGCAUGUAUUACUCGUCCAGCUUCUACAGGAAGAACAUACGAAGUGUGACGUUCUACUUGCUCUGUUAUCUCACUCUAAUUGUGACCUCUACAAUCUUUUAUAUGUACUUGGGACUUUUGUGGAGCCAGAUUAAAGUGCCCUAAACGAAAUGGAAUUGAAGACGAUAACAAAAUCAUAUCAUAAAGGAAAAGAAGAAAUCGCCAGUUUUUGAUGGUCGUGCAAACUAAAAAAGGAUCUAUAUUUAUUGAAUUAAAUUUUUUGAAAAUAUGGCAUAAGUUAGUUCUUACGAUUAUUUCAAGUCAGAAUAACAUUUAUUUGAAACCCACAUCUAAAAAGUAAC